GGUGCCGCCGUGCGGAGGGAGGCGGCGCGCCGUGACGGGAAGGGCGGCGCGUGGCGGCGGCGCCUGCUUCCUCCGUCGCGUCUCGGCGGUUGGGGCCGGGCCGGGCGAGCUGCGGCCGGGGCGGCGACGGCGGGAUGAUGAUGGCGUACUUCGCGGAGAGCUUCUGGGGGGAAAGGAACAAUGGCUUCGACGUUCUCUAUCAUAACAUGAAGCAUGGACAUUUGUCAACAAAAGAAUUAGCAGACUUUAUUAGAGAAAGGGCUACAAUAGAGGAAGCAUAUUCAAGAUCAAUGACAAAACUUGCUAAAUCAGCAAGCAAUUACACACAACUAGGAACAUUUGCACCAGUUUGGGAUGUUUUCAAAACCUCAACAGAAAAACUAGCAAGCUGCCACUUGGAUCUUGUCCGAAGAUUACAAGAGCUAAUAAAAGAAGUUCACAAGUAUGGAGAUGAACAAAUUAAAGCUUAUAAAAAGACUAAGGAAGAAGUUUCAGGAACAUUGGAAGCAGUGCAAAACAUUCAAAGUAUAACUCAGGCAUUACAGAAAUCAAAGGAAAACUACAAUGCAAAAUGUCUUGAACAAGAACGUUUGAAAAAGGAAGGAGCAACACCAAGAGAAAUUGAUAAGGCAACAGUUAAAUCGAAGAAAGCUACAGAUACCUAUAAACUGUAUGUGGAGAAAUAUGCUGCAGUUAAAUCUGAUUUUGAACAAAAAAUGACAGAAACUGCACAAAAGUUUCAAGAUAUUGAAGAAACACAUCUACUUCAUAUGAAAGAGAUUAUAGAAUCAUUUUCAAAUACCAUAAAGGAUAUUCAUUUACAAAUAGGAGAGGUACAUGAAGAAUUUAUAAAUAACAUGACAAAUACUACAGUUGAGAGUUUAAUACAGAAAUUUGCUGAGUCAAAAGGAACUGGCAAGGAAAGACCAGGUCCUAUCGAAUUUGAGGAAUGUAAUACAUCCAGUGCAGUUGAAGGGAUAAAACCAAGGAAGAGGAAACCUUUUGGUUUAUCAGGAAUAAUGAAAAAAGAAAAAGAUACUGAAUCUGUGGAGUGUCCAGAUGCAGACUCAGUUAACAUUCCUGACGUAGAUGAUGAAGGAUACAGCAUUAAACCAGAAACAACACAGGAUAUCAAAGAGAACCAUUUCUAUUCAUCCAGCGAUUCUGACUCUGAAGAUGAUGAACCCAGGAGGUUCCAUAUAGAAAUAAAACCUGUACAGCCAAAUAAUAGUUCUCAAUACACUAUGCCUUCAUUGGAUGAAUUAAAAGUUUCUAUAGGGAACAUUGCUCUUUCUCCAGCAACAUCUCAGAGACACAGUCCUGCACAAAUGAAUCGAAAUUCAUCCAGUGAGGAGUUAACAAAAUCAAAGCUUUCGGCUCCAACAAAUGAAAAGGGGAACAGUGACCUUCUGGCAUGGGAUCCACUGUUUAGCAGUUCCCUUGAAUCUUCCUCUUCAGCCUCCUUGGCUUCCUCAUCCUCCUCAGCAAGACCCACAACUCCUCUUACUGUCGGCACCAUUGUACCCCCUCCAAGGCCUGCUUCAAGAACAAAAUUGUCUACAGGGAAACUUAGUGGAAUUAAUGAAAUACCUAGGCCAUUCAGCCCUCCACUGACCUCUAAUUCAAGCCCACCACCUGCAGCUCCUUUGGCACGUGCAGAGAGCAUCUCCUCAAUAUCCUCUUCUGCUUCCCUUAGCGCAGCAAAUACACCUACAGUUGGUGUUUCACGUGGUCCCAGCCCUGUCAGCCUUGGAAACCAGGACACCUUGCCUGUCGCGGUAGCCCUUACUGAAUCUGUUAACGCCUACUUUAAAGGAGCAGAUCCCACAAAAUGUAUUGUGAAGAUCACUGGUGAUAUGACAGUAUCAUUCCCAAGUGGGAUUAUUAAAGUCUUCACCAGCAACCCAUCUCCAGCUGUGCUCUGCUUCAGGGUAAAAAACACAAGCAAACUAGAGCAGAUUCUUCCAAAUGCACAACUUGUAUACAGUGAUCAGUCGCAAAGUGACUCCACUACGAGGGAUUUUUGGAUGAACAUGCAAGCUAUAACUCUCUACCUCAAGAAAUUAUCAGAGCAGAACCCAUCUGCAUCCUAUUAUAAUGUGGAUGUUUUAAAGUAUCAGGUAUCUUCAAAUGGCAUCCAGUCCACUCCCUUGAAUCUUGCAACUUACUGGAAAUGUAAUGCUAACACUACUGAUGUGAGAGUGGAUUAUAAAUACAAUCCAGAGUCUAUGAAUGUUCCUAGCAUGCUGUCUAAUGUGCAGGUUGUGGUACCAGUAGAUGGAGGAGUAACAAACAUGCAAUCACUUCCACCUGCAAAAUGGAAUGCAGACCAGAUGAAAGCUUACUGGAAAAUAUCUAGCAUUUCAGAAAAAUCUGAGAAUGGAGGUUCUGGAUCCCUCAGGGCAAAAUUUGAACUUUCAGAAGGACCCAGUAAACCAGCAACACUUGCAGUGCAAUUCAUAAGUGAAGGAAGCACUCUUUCAGGAGUAGACAUAGAGCUAGUAGGCACUGGCUAUCGGCUUUCCCUCCUUAAGAAGAGAUUUGCCACUGGACGGUAUAUGGCAGACUGCUGAUGAACCUGUGAAAGUCAUGUCAUUAAAGGAGUACAGGAAACCCA